AUGAUGUCUAGUCUAUCCGACCUUGAAACCCACGCCAGUGAGCUCACAAGCGCUGUCAAGACGAUCAUCUCGCAAUGCCCUCGCCAAAAUGCCGCCUCUCGCAGCAGAACUCAACCCCUCAUCACCUCUAGCGCUUCCAAGGAAGCGCAUCGAGCCCAACAAUCGAUCUUAUCAACCAUUUCUGGCCUCCAGAAGCUCCUCACCAGCCCAACCGACUUCCUCCACCACCUCGCCGUUCAGAACCAGCUGCUUGCCUGCCUACAAUGGCUCGGAGAGUUCCAAGUCCUCGCUUGCAUUCCCCUCACCGGCACCGUUCCCAUAAAAGAUGUCGCUGAGCUGGCCGGUGUCCCAGAGACUCAUCUCUCACGUAUUAUCCGGAUGACAGCCACCGCUGGCUUCCUGGAUGAGCCAGACCCCGGUCAAGUCGCUCACAGCGCGCUCUCCGCUCCUUUCGUCACCAAACCGUCUUAUCUUGACGCUGUGAUGUUUUUGGCUGGCACCAUUGCCCCUUCUGCUUUGCAGAUGCCUACUGCAACGCAGCGAUUUGGCGCGAGUUUGCGUCCGAACGAGACCGCGUACAACCUAGCUUUAAAUAACCCAGCGACAUUCGCCAGUACGUCUGAGCAACGGCCAAAGCUUCAACGCCAGUGGCCUGCUUUUCUUCAGUAUGGGACCAGUGAUACCGACGAUCGAGUGACGGAUCUGUUGUCGAGGCUGGACCAUUUUCGAAGAGGAAGUAUAUCUGUCGUUGAGGUCAGCGCCCGCUCCCUCGACCGCGCAACAACCCUUGCAAACCUCUACCCAUCCAUCAACAUCACAGUCCAAAUCGCAUCCCCAGCAGGCCCAACUGCCUGGUCACCAGCACACCCCAAUCCCAUCCGCCCCCCAACUCCCGGCGGUAGCCACAAACACGACGACCUUCGCGCACUCACUGCAAGCACGGCCAGUACAACACCGGCCUCUAGCCACAACCACACCCAUACGCAUACCACCAAUAGCAUACCCCAGGCCUCCAACAUAACGAUCCAACACCGGCUUCCAACAGCACCGCAACCCAUUACCUCAGCAAAUCUCUACAUCCUACACCUCCCCUCUCCCUCACCAACAGUUCCUUUCGCCUCCCUUGCAACGCACAUCCUCGCAGAACUCCGCUCACAUCUCGACAUCCUCCGCUCAAACCCAUCGGCGACCCUGAUUCUCACCCCGCGGCCCUUGCCUGAACCCUCAGCUGUGCAUAGCGAGGUCGAAGCAAGCGCGCGACUGCGCGACUUGACGCUGAUGCAGUUGGCAAAUGAGCGUGAGAUUGAGCUGGCGGAGUGGAUUAAUCUGCUGAGCAAUGUCAGUGAUAGUAUGGGCCGGUUGGUGGUGGUGAAUAAGAUUCAGUCCAGAGAAAGCACGGUAGUUUUGUUGGAGAUUCGGUACCAGGCCUAUAACAGGUGA